AAUGUUUGGUUUGGAAAAUAUACCAAAACGCUUUGUACUCUGUGGUUUGAUGUUCUCUGGACUAGUUACAAACUACAUGCUCAGAGUAAAUAUGAACAUAGCUAUAGUAGAACUUGUAAGUAAGGGAAAUGCUGAUGAACAACUGUGUGGGAAAAAUAACACCAGGAUAAACGAGACAAGUGUAGAUGACGAGAUCAGAGAACCAAUUGUUGAUUGGACAACUUUUCAGGUUGGUUGGGUACUGUCUGCAUUCUUUUUUGGAUAUGUUGCCUUCCAGUUACCAGGAGGGAGAUUGGCUGAAAUAUACGGAACCAAAUAUAUAUUUGGCUGGACUAUGGCAGCUUGUGCAAUACUGGCUUUUCUUACUCCUCCUCUUCUUACAACUUCUGUUGGAUUUGAACUAGUUGUUGUUAUAAGACUUCUACAGGGUUUAUGUGAGGCUGUAGCUUUCCCGGCAUUGAACCCAAUGAUCUCAAAAUGGGUGCCAGAAGCUGAAAAAUAUAGUUUCGUCUCAUUUGUUUAUUCUGGAGGAACCUUUGGUACAAUAUUCACAUAUCCACUGUGUGGAUAUAUCCUGGAUACAGUUGGAUGGGAGGCAGUGUUUUAUGUGACAGGAGGUAUAACAAUGGUUUGGUUCAUUCUCUGGAUGAUUUUAGUGACAGAUCUUCCUGAAAACCAUCCUUCAAUCAAACAAAGGGAGCUAGAUUUCGUAUUGAAGACAAGAAACUACAAACUAUUAGAAAAUACAUCUGAAAAGGAAGUUCCAAUCCUGCAAUUAAUCAAGGAUUUGUUGUUGAGUCCUCCAACUGUUGUGCUAAUGUGCUGUGAGUUUGCCAAUUCCUGGGGAUUGUACACCCUUGUUACCCUUGGACCAACAUUCUUCAAGGAGGUUCUAAACUUUGAUAUCUCACAGAAUGGGUAUUUGAGUGCUCUGCCCUAUAUUGGUAGGUUUACAGGAGCUCAAGUUUUUGGAUCUAUAUCAGGAUUCAUAGUUGCUAGAGAAUACCUGAGACCCCUGACAAUGCAGAAAAUAUGUGUUUGUUUAGAAUUUCUUAUUCCAGCCGCAGGUUUGUGA